GGGCAACACUUGGACUAAACUGAAACCGACAGCCGAUGACAGCACAUCUCUGCUCUCUGCACAGAAUACAUAUAACGGGACCUACAGCAUCGAUUUCUUUAUUGAAAGGGACACAAAAAAGGAUACAUCCUAGAAAGAAAAUCCAAGGAUUUAUUUCUGAAAUUACCAGAAAAAGGAUGACUCUGAAUAAAGGUGACAGGCUGCGGAAUCUGGACAAGAGGCGGAGCAGCAUGCCGUUCCCAAUGAACCAGCAUAUGCACAGGAGAAGCAUGCCGGUAGACGAGCGGGAACUGAAGUCCGCGAUGCCCACGCUGCAGCUGGGAGAGCUGUCCAACCUGGUCCGGUGUACCUCAUACAGCCCCGGCGAGCAGCACAGAGACAGCUGGGUCUCCGACUCAUCAGAUUCGGUCAUCUCCUCCGGCAGUGACACCGAGGGACAAGUCUACAAAGUGGUGCUUUUAGGCGAGCAAGCAGUGGGCAAGUCCAGCCUGGCUCGGAUAUUCGGUGGGAUCGAAGACACCCACGAUUGUGAAGAAGCAGGAAACACAUACGACAGAUCAGUCAUUGUUGAUGAUGAGGAAGCUUCCAUUGUUUUAUAUGAUAUAUGGGAACAGGACAACAGCCGCUGGCUGCAGGACCAGUGUAUGAAGAUGGGCGACGCGUACAUCAUUGUGUAUUCCGUGACAGACAAGGCCAGCUUCGAGAAGGCUUCGGAGUUGAGGAUCCAGCUGCGGAGAGCCCGGCAGUCCGAGGAUAUCCCCAUCAUCCUUGUGGGAAACAAGAGCGACCUGGUGCGCUCGCGAGAGGUCUCUGUGGAAGAGGGGAGGGCGUGCGCGGUGGUUUUCGACUGCAAGUUCAUCGAGACGUCGGCGUCUCUUCACCACAACGUGCAGGCCCUGUUUGAGGGUAUCGUGAGGCAGAUCCGCCUGAGGAAAGACAGCAAGGAGGACAACGCACGACGUAUGGCCAACAACAAGCGACGGGAGAGCAUCGGCAAGAAGGCCAAACGCUUCCUGGGUCGGCUAGUGGCCAAAAAAAACAAGAAAAUGGCCUUCAAACAGAAGUCUAAAUCCUGCCAUGACCUCUCUGUGCUCUGAGGUCCCUACUCAAACUGCACCAGACCGGAUGCUGUGCGAUACAGGCUUGGAGCUUUGUCAAUAACCAGAGGACUGAUAUUGCUGUAUUAUUCUGAAAUAAUAAUACAAACAAACAAAAAAAAACUGACAGGCAACUAGUGUUCUGCAUGAAGCUUACUGAAUUUUAUUUUCAUAACAUUUUCUUUACUCUCUGCCUUAAAAGUACAGCUUAUGAACCCUAACUCUGUAUAUAGAUGUACAUACCAGCAAGGCAUGUCCGUACGAUCGGUGUUUGCUAAGGCUGUGCCUUGUUUAAAGAAAUAUCAAAUGUUUAUUGCCCUUUAUAAAGUCAAUGUAUGGUCACCCAGAAGCUGAGAUGGGGUGGCUGUGAAGCAGAUAGCAAACUCUGUUGUAUCACAUUGACAUGCUUGCUAAAAGGACAAAUUAGGAGUUUUUUUUACAGGCACUAUGUUGACAAUUUCAUCAUUAACCAGUCCUUUAAGAGUGCAAUUCAGUGCGCAGGUUCGUACUUGUAUUAUUGAGGGUAUUGGGGUGGCUUGGGAGGAAGGGGGGGGGGGGGG